AUGACUGUAAUGAUGCUAAUUUUGCUAGUGCAAGCCUGCAUUUCGAUCCCUGGAGCACGUUCCUUUGCGGUAUCUUCUGCGGCGACCUCCAGUUUCUCCCGCAUCCGUCUGUUAUCAUCAGCACCUGACAGCAGCGUACAAAAAGCUGUUGGAAAAUCAGAUACCAACAGCAGUACUUCCUCGUGUGAUGCCGAUAGUGGUAGACUUGCAAGGCACACUGUCUCUUUUCAGACCACCGACCAAGCCGAAUCAUCUUUAUCAUUUGAUGCCUACGGUGGCGAAACGCUUCGGACAGCGGCAUUGCGCCGCAAUAUUGCCAGUCCACACAAUGGGCGAGCUAAUCUGAUCAAUUGCCGUGGUCUGGGAACGUGUGGCACAUGUGCCGUGGAAAUUGUGGAGGGCAUCGUGGAUCCACCCGAACGCAAUGAUGUGGAGGAGUUCCGUCUGAACCUACCACCACACAACUUGCACAACAAUACCAAGCUCCGAUUGGCAUGUCAAAUACAAAUCAGGGAGAAUAUCACGGUGCUCAAACGAACCGGAUUCUGGGGGCAGAAAAGCAAGCUGGCCGUUCCGUCUACCCCUCAGCGAUACUUUGGUGAACUGGAAUAUUUGAUGGACACAAAGUCUCCGCCACUCGAAGAAUGCAUAGACGACAAUAACAACGCCGACGGCAAGACAGGACCGACGUGA